CUUCAAAAUGGCGAUGCAGGUGAAGCAUAUACCGAAAGAUGCUCAAGUAAUUAUGUCUAUUAUGAAAGAUAUGGGUAUUGAGGAAUAUGAACCACGUGUCAUAAAUCAACUUUUGGAAUUUACAUAUCGUUAUAUAACAUGUAUACUGGAUGAUGCUAGAGUGUUUGCAAAUCAUGCUAAGAAGAAAGUGAUAGACUUAGAAGAUGUAAAAUUGGCAGUUCAGAUGACUGUAGAUCGUGCAUUUACAACUCCACCACCCCGUGAUAUUCUACUAGAGGUUGCCAGAACUAAGAACAACAGCCCACUUCCACUUAUCAAACCACAUUGUGGACUUCGGUUACCUCCAGACCGUUACUGUCUGUCAUCUUGCAAUUACAGAUUGAAAAAUAAUAAGAAGCCGCAGACAAAGCAAGUACACCAUCAUAUGAUGUCAGGGGGCAAUGCAGGCUAUAUGAAUAAUGCUGUUACAUCACAUCUGACACAUGGAGCUCUUAGUGCAGCAGGGGUGAAGCUACACAACAAGCAACCACAGUCAUUAUCUCUUGUAAAGCGACAGGGAACAUUGGCAACCGUGGCAAGAACGCAGACCAUCACAAUACCUAAGCCAGUUAUAAAAUUUUCAUCAGCAACUCCAGCUUCUAAACCAAUUGCAAAACCCAAGAUACAAGUGUCUGCACCUACAGGGAAUGUUCUUAACACACCCAUGAAAGUUGAAGUAAAUGAUGUCUCUUCCGGACUGAAACGGAAACUAGAUGAAGAAUACGACAUGUUGGAAUGAAUGCUGACUCCACCAGUGCACAUGCCACCUAAUGAAACUAAAAAAUGGCAGCGUGCUCACCAUUGAACCCAAGGUUUGCACGUUCAAACCCAGGCAAGGUCAAUAAAAAUCCAUGGCACAACUUCCUCAAGUAGGACAUGUACAAGAACGUUUCACUCAUGAUAACAGAUGAGGGAAGGUACAGAGCUCCCUGCUGUGCUCCUAGAUGCAACUAGGGUUGCACAACUAUGGAAACCUCUGGUGGACAAGAGUUGGAAAAACUUGAAAAUAUCACCCGACCCAGAUGAAGUAUGCUGGAUAACUGGAUUAGGGAACAUACACAAAUGGUGUCAGAAUAGAAAGUGAGUUGCAAAUACAUGAUCCAGUUGGGGCUGAAGGCACAAAUAACGUAAUAGUCAAGGUGUGGCAUCAGAAAUUAACCAACCAGCCAGCAAAUCACUAUUUGGUAUUUCUAACUAAUUGACUGUUGUAUGUGAAAUUGGGGUUUAUUAUUAUUGUCUGGGGUAAAUUGUCAUGAAUUAUUUAAGUAUUAAGCACUGAAUUACAUGAAAUAAAUUAAUAAGUUGUGUGUAAUCAAAUUAAGCAAAUCAAGACAGGUUUUAAUAAUAGCUUUUAUGAAUGUACUGGGAAUGGAAAUGACAGGAACUUGUCUACUAAUCCUAAAAAUUUUAACUGUAAUCCCUAAACUGAUUUUUCUUUUCAUGUAUAAAUAAUACAGGAUGAUCCAAAAGUUCUGGUCCAUUUUACAGAAUGACUUCGCCAAAGUUAAUAAAUGUUAUUGGUGUCAGUGUUGUGUAACAUAUUCAGUACAGCUCAACUUGGCCCCCUUCCAUUUCAAGACAUUGUGAACCGCCCCUGCUCCUUCAUCUUUCAAUUUACUUAUUCGAGCUGUGAAGUUGGGAGAAGCAGCCCAUCGUCACUGGCUCUAUUGCUGUGUUUACAAGCUCCCCAAGAUAUUCGUGGGGUAUCCAAGCAAUACAGAGAAGCUACAGUGAUAUGUCAGCCUUUCAGAUAACAAUAACAAAAUUUAAUGAAGAGCAAAACAGACUUACACAGAAUAUACAAAAAAAUGCAUAAUCAAGGCACAAACGGGGCACAGCAACCCAAAUCAAUGAUUGGGCAGCAGUCACUUGUCGCCAACAGUCGCAACAGAGAAUAAGCUAACCUGCCCCAGUUUCACUAACCUUAUUUAGGCAUCAGACAGGUUACUCCAAAAAACAAAUAAUAAUAAUAAUAAUAAUAAUAAUAAUAAUAAUAAAAGAUAAAUGAACAUGCACAUUGCAACUUGAAGAUGAUAUGCUCGUUUCUUAACUUUAAAAUGCAAAACUCUCCAGACCCUUGUCCAUAGUAUGUCAAGUUGGUUAUUCAAACGGCCAAUUGAUGCAUGUGGGUUUUGCUGAAUAUGUCAUGUGUUGUCCUCAGAAAUCUGCAGUCUCCCUGAAUGGAGCACACUUCUGUUAUCACGAAAUUGUUAACUAGAAGUCAGAUUUUGAUACUAGUAGGAGCUGGUUUUCUGAAUUUUCUUCAGAACCUUGUUGCACCUGUUAGUAGCUUAAUCCAUGCAGUCGUGCUGAAACAAUUGCUACCCCCUAUUCAGAAUUGAGGAUAUUUCUUGAUUAGUCAGAGAUAAACAGAAAAGAUUGAUGAAUUAAUGAAAAUGGAUCGAGACUUUUGGAUUGUACUGUAUAUAGAAGGCCUCUAAGCACUUCAAGUUUAUGGAAAAAAAAAAAUCUUUUAUAAUGUUUCCUGACUUUGUAGAGCAGAGGAAAUGCCAGUACAUGUUACAUAGUGCCAGGUACAGCAGCUUGUAUAAUGGUCAGAAUUUUUGGCUCGUGGCUCUCAUAGAGUUAACAUAGAUGAAGAAGUUGUGGAAAGAACUUACAACAUCUCCUUUUUUCAAAUGCUUUGGUCUGUAUUGUUAAGGCUAAUGAGCACUGUAAGUUAAUAAGUGUACAGUUUGUGAGAUACGAUCUCUGAAUUUCAUAUCAUCACUGUGUUUGUAAUUUUUAAUAUAUUAAGAAGGUUUUGUGCAAAUUUUGUGGGUAUGUUUUUAUGAUAUACCUUCAUACUAUAUUUCACAAAUUUAGCUCCAGUGGUUCAUUAGUAGUUCCUUAGGCCACCAUGCUAUUGUUUUGUAUUCUGGGGGUAUGAAAGAUUGCGCCCUAACAAAAGAUGCACAUCUUUCAAAGGUCUGUGACCUUGUUGGAUUUGAGAUUCCCACAUCAGUGACUCUGAAGAGCACUGUCUUCUGGUACGUGAUGCCCUGGAGUCUGGUAGACAUUUCUCAGUGUUUUUGAGAUACAUAAUUCCUCUAUCUUAAGAGCAAA